GAAACUUUCAAACUUGAAUAAUAAAAGACUCCCCCGCCUCACACGCUACCCCCCUAUGUUUAUGGAUUUACGAGCACCGCCUGACCAGCAGUCUGCCAUAAAGAGACCCGGCUCCUCCGCGGCCAGGUUAACGCCGCCCUCUGCUUCAUGCCCCAGGUCCUGGCAGCGUGUAGAUCGCUCUGACAGCCGCCGACUCGCUCACACGUGCCGCACACACACGCCCUGCCCGAGAUGAAGGUGCUGAUCGUGGCUCUCGCCCUCUGGGGGGCAUCCUACGCUGCCAGCCUCUCCUUGGAGGACCUGGAGUUCCACGCCUGGAAGCUGCAGUUUGGAAAGGUGUAUGACUCCCCUGCUGAGGAGGCCCAGCGGAGGCUGACCUGGCUGUCCAACCGCAAGCUGGUCAUCGUGCACAACAUGCUGGCUGACCAGGGCCUGAAGAGCUACCGGCUGGGCAUGACCUUCUUCUCUGACAUGGACAACCAGGAGUACCGGCGCACUGCCUUCAGUGGCUGUCUGGGCUACUUCAACGCCACCCUGGGGCGAAAGGGCAGCUCCUUUCUGCGGCAGGUGGGGGGCCUGGGUCUCCCCAGCGAGGUCGACUGGAGGACCAAGGGCUACGUCACCGAGGUCAAGGACCAGAAACAGUGCGGCUCCUGCUGGGCCUUCAGCGCGACUGGCUCUCUGGAAGGCCAGACCUUCAGGAAGACCCAGAAGUUGGUGUCCCUCAGCGAGCAGCAGCUGGUAGACUGCUCCGGUGAUUAUGGCAACUUCGGCUGUGGCGGGGGGCUGAUGGACAAUGCCUUUAAGUACAUCAAGGACAACGGGGGUAUUGACACCGAGGAGGCGUACCCUUACGAGGCCAUGGAUGGGAAGUGCCGAUUCAAGCCGGAUGCCAUCGGAGCGACGUGCUCGGGCUAUGUGGACGUCCCCGAAGGCGAUGAGGCCGCACUGCAGGAAGCUGUCGCCACCGUGGGACCUAUUUCUGUGGCCAUCGAUGCCGGUCACGUCUCCUUCCAGCUGUACAACUCAGGCAUAUACAACGAGCCCGAAUGUAGUAGCAGUGACUUGGACCACGGCGUGCUGGCGGUCGGCUACGGAACCGAAGACGGCCAAGACUACUGGCUGGUGAAGAACAGCUGGGGUCUCGCAUGGGGUGACAAAGGCUACAUCAAGAUGUCCAGGAAUAAGCAGAACCAGUGUGGCAUCGCCACAGCCUCCAGCUACCCUCUGGUCUGAGCACAGCCACAGGGAGGAACCGGGCAGAGGUCACAAUGGAGAUAUGGAGAAGAAUAAUUAACAUCAAUACCUCACGGCUUCCCAGGGCACAGAGAAUUUACCAGAACAUCCACUGUGAAUGCCGCCCAGUAGUGCAUCGCAGCAUGACUGGAUACUUGAGUUUGCAGUAAUUGCCGUAAAUAUGUGUAUAUUAACACAAAAUCCUGACCAAUAAAACUGACAUGAUCUGACCUUU